AUGAAGGCCGGGCAUUUACGGCAUAUGUCACGAAAUGUCAUCGAUUACCGCAUCCUGCUUUGGCGCCCACCUCCUUCCUCGAACCCGUGGGCGGCGUGUAAGGUUUCGAUCCUAAGGAAAGAGUGCGGCGCAGACCUGGACUUCGUCGUUUCCGAGUUGGCCAAGAGGCGUGAUGAUGCAAUACGUGCUGUCAAGAAACUCCGUGUCUUGGGCUCUGGAAUGGAGGUGGUUGCAUCAGGAUCAUCCCAGUUCAUAUACUCUAUUCCCGGCGAACUUUCUAUGGAUCAUACAACUCUUUUGCAGCAGGCUGAGAAGGCUGGCCAUCUGACAGUGGCCUCCACAGCCUCAAGCUUAGGGUGGACUAACGAGAGGGCAGGUCGCACUCUGGACCAUCUGCUUCGUGUGGGUGUUGCUUGGAGAGAUGAUCAGGACCGCCCAGCCUCCUAUUGGUUCCCGGCCUUCUUCCAGCAGUGUGCAGUGGCAGAGUAAUAAUAACUUCUUUCGGUUUUUAGAUUUCUUUUAGUCACUCUCAAAGAGGUUUUGACAUUUUCCCAACUGAUUUUUUUUUUUUUUUUUUUUUUUUUUUUUUUUUUUUUUUCAUUGCUCCGAUAUUAUAUCCAGGUGAUUAUGAUAAUUUUUCCUUUUGAAUACUCUUUUUUUUAAUGUGAUUUAGCAGUUUUGUGUCAGAUUUUUCCAACGUUGCCUUAAAACUAGUUCCUAUGGUAGAGGCUUUAUGUUCCCAGUGUGUCAUACCUGUAUGAAGAAUGCCACUUGUUUCACCUCUGUUUAUCCUUGCCUUGUAACAAAUUUACAUUCUGCAUAGGAAAUCACUACCAAUAAAACACGAAAGAGAUUAGAGAUAAUGCAAAAUAUUUUAUUUAACUAACAUUGUGCAUUUAUUUUUUCAUUCAGUGCUCAGGUAUUUUCCUACACCUCAUGGAAUUUAAAGAUUUCUAUUAUGGAUACUCAAAAAAUUAGAAAACAUUAAGAAGCAAGAGUCCUAGCAAUGUCUUAUGACAGUUCAGUCCACUGUUAGGUUAAUCACAGUUAGGAUACAAUAUCCACGCUGUAAUUCUUCAUUGAAAAUAAAAUUUUAUUUGUUAUCUCAAAAGAAAA